AUGUUCCGCCGUUUCCACACAGCCCAGACUCUCCUUCAUGAGAAUCCGCUUGGACUUCCCAAAUCUUCGAAGUCGCCUAUGGCCCGUGGAUUGCCUAUCAAGCAAAGAAUCCCAAACGUCGAUAAAGUUGUAUUGGUCUCUUCAGCUAAAGGAGGUGUCGGAAAAUCCACGGUUUCUAUCAACACAGCACUAGGUCUUUCUCAGCUUGGAAAGUCUACCGGUAUUCUUGACGCAGACAUUUUCGGACCAUCUGUUCCCAAACUUCUUUCUCUCCUGGGCGAACCACGGCUUACAGAAACGGGAAAAUUACUUCCGCUCACCAACUACGGCCUUCCGUCUAUGUCCAUGGGUUACUUGGUUCCUCCCGAAAACGCCGUGGUUUGGCGUGGGCUCAUGGUGAUGAAAGCACUUCAGCAACUUCUAUUCGAGGUGGAAUGGCCUCAUCUAGACUACUUAGUGGUUGAUAUGCCCCCUGGAACUGGUGAUACACAAUUGACUAUAGCACAGCAACUCAAAGUCGAUGGGGCAGUGAUAGUAUCAACGCCCCAAGAUAUUGCGUUGAUCGAUGCGGUUAAAGGAAUUGCCAUGUUUGAAAAAGUACACAUCCCCCUUCUUGGGCUUGUACAGAACAUGAGCCAUUUUGUGUGCCCCAAUUGCCAUCAUGAAUCGCAUAUUUUCGGUUCUGACGGGGCCCGAAAAGAGGCCGAAAAACAUGGUCUUGAUGUGUUGGGCUCAGUGCCGUUGAACGAAAAGAUUUGCCUUCAACUGGAUGCGGGAGUACCCGUAGUAAUUUCUGACCGAGACACUGACUUGGCUAAGCCAUAUAUGGAUAUUGCACAACGAAUCGUUGAGAAACUCGGAUAA